CUCGUCCGUCCUUCUCCUCGAGGGCGUUGUUCCCUACCUCCCCUCCGACUAAUCCUCCAACCUUUGUCUCAGUCUCGCCAACCAUGUCCACAGUCGCUCUUUCCGCUCUUUUGGCCGCCGCGGCCCUGUCUGGUGCGCAAGCCCAGACGACGACGUCUAUCGUCCCCCUCGUAGACCACACCUACGCCUACUCUAACCUCCCCUACCAAGUCGAGCCUACAGGUGACAUCCGUGGUAACCAGGAGGGUUACAACAUUUGUAACUCUACGACGGAGAACCAGGAGUCAUGGUGCCAGACUUUGGUCGUCAACACCAUUGACGACUUCUGCCUGUGGUCCUCGCCGACGCCCAACAACACCAUCGGCGAGUCGGAGGCAUACGAGGUCGCCUGGUGCUCGAAGAAGGGCCACGGUUCGCGUACCAUGCCCGAGGGCACCCUUCAGGGUGUGCAAUACCUUGUCACCUCCGCAUACAUCAUGAUCGUCGGUUUCGUCGACCAGACCCAGAUCAACCUUGCACCUAAUGACUAUGGAGGUGAGCUUGACCCCCACGGUGCUGACUUGCUCGGUAACCCUAUGGGUGCCAUGGUGUACUCCAACCAAUACCCCACUGGCAACACGAACAACAACUCCCUCUCCCAGGUGAUCGAAUGGACACAGUUCAUCGGGAGCGACACGUUCUGCAUCAAGAUUUGCAACCCCGACCAGACUGACGCCAACAACGUUGGUCUGUGCCAGAACAUCUACGACGAGGUUGGCAUUGGCUACAACUGCCCCAACGCUGCAAAGAACGGUACUUUCGAGGUCUGCGAUGCUGAGCCGAUGAGCCCCGUUGGCCAGUACGUUUCGAACGGUGUCACGACCACCUGGGUGCAGCCCUGGUCCGGUGUUGUCUCUGCUCCCUACACUCCCACCAUCCCCUCCUCAUCCAACUGCCGCACGUUCGCGUCGAGCGCUCUCUACACCGACAUUGUUGUGCCCACCAACGCUGCGUCGGGCAGUGGUGCGUCUGCUACCCCGGCGCCCACGGGCACCGGCCGCGGCGGCUCCUCCGCUGGUGCUACCCGCACUGGCUCUGCUGGCGGCGCGAGCGCGACUGGCGCAGAUGCAAACACGGGUGCUGCAGGUGCUCUUCGCGUGUCGGCGUUGGCGACCGUUGCUGGUGUCGCAUUCGCGGUGAUGUUCAUGGCGUAAGGUAGUAGUGGUACAUUGUGCUAGAUCUACUUACGAUAUCAUGAUUUGUUGUACUCCGUGGAGGGGUCACGACGAGCGUCUCGCGUAAUUCGAGUAGCAGAGGACAGUCGUUACGUUGUUUACCACGUUCCUCGUCCUCCCCUUUUGUUUCUGGGCUGUAGGAACGGACUACAGUUUACUUGGGUAAUUGAUGCGCUUGUUGGGUGCACUUAUCUGCCUAAUACCCUUGGAUUAUAAUACCAGUUUUUUUGUUGCAAUGUC